AUGUUUUGCGCCAAAUUGAAAGAACUAAAGAUAUCAGGAGACUGCCCGUUCUCCGGCAGCGCCAAACACGACAAGCUCGGAGACUUUGAGGAGCGCUCACUUGACGCUGCGGAUUUAUCGCCUAUUUCUAAGGACGUGCAUGGAGAAAUAAGCCCGGCUGUACCUCGACAGAAGACGAGCAGAGUCAAAGUUAACCUGCACACGCUUGGAGACAGCAUCCGAAAAUUGGCAUGUCCUGAGUUUCAAAGGCUGCACACUGCUCUCCAAAGAAUGAUGACACUAGCAGAUCACAGCAGGGACAUUGAGAGUCCAGCGGCUUGCUGCGCUCACUUCCCGACGGGCAGUGAUGAACUGGAACAUUUACUUGAAAUGAUGAACAGUUAUUCGACCAAAACAGCGACUCCGGUGGAGGCUUUGGAGAUUGCUCUCGGCGAGGAGAUCUUCAACAUGUGCUACGAGGAGGACAGGCACAUUCUCAGAGUGGUGGGGGGCGCUCUGCACGACUUCCUCAACAGCUUCAAUGUCUUGUUGAAACAGAGCAGCGUGCCGCCCAGCCCGGUCAGAGAGGAUUGUGUAAACGAACCGUCGGUGCUGUGCUUAGACAAGGAUCCGGACCUGCUUACUGUCUAUUUCUUUAAUCCCCGCCCCACCACUGAGCUUUUUUUCCCCGGUGUCAUCAAAGCUGCUGCGCGCCUGCUGUAUAACACUACCGUGGAUGUGUUGAGGGAUCCCCCCAAUGCUAAAGACAGCAUCCUGCAGUCCAGCCCUCAGCCUAGUCUCUUGUACACAGUUGUAGUCCGGGAUGCUAAAACUCACAGCCCCAGUCCCCUCCGGGCCACCACAGCAGGGACGCUCCCCACCUCCUUGUUCUCCACUAUAUUCCCUUUCCACUUGAUACUUGACCAAGACCUGGUUCUGGUCCAAAUAGGACACGGGCUCAGGAAGAGACUAUCUAGGAAGGAAGGACUGAGACGGUCUUCGACCUUCCAGGAACACUUCUCCAUUGUCUCCCCACAGAUCAAAUGCAGCUUUCAGGGUAUUCUGACCAUGCUAAAUGCACAGUUCAUCAUUCGGAUCAAGCACGGAGUCUCUACUGCAGAAAACACAGUGAAGCUCAUGGACCUUAAAGGUCAGAUGAUUUACGUCUCGGAGUCAAACGUCAUCCUGUUCCUGGGCUCACCGUGCGUCGACAAGCUGGAGGAGUUAACGGGCCGCGGCCUCUACCUGUCAGACAUCCCCAUCCACAACGCGCUGCGGGACGUGGUCCUGGUCGGCGAGCAGGCCAAAGCCCAGGACGGCUUGAAGAAGAGGCUGGGCAAAGCCAAGGCGGCCCUGGAGCACGCUCACCAAGCCCUGGAGGAGGAGAAGAAGAAGACGGUGGACCUCCUCUACUGCAUCUUCCCUGGCAAAGUGGCGCAGCAGCUGUGGCAGGGGGAAACGGUGCAGGCCAAGAAGUUCGACCAAGUUACGAUGCUGUUCUCAGACAUAGUGGGGUUCACGGCUGUCUGUUCGGUCUGCACACCGAUGCAAGUGAUCACCAUGCUCAACGAGCUGUACACCAGGUUCGACCACCACUGUGGGGAGCUGGAUGUGUAUAAGGUGGAGACCAUUGGGGAUGCUUAUUGUGUGGCCGGUGGCUUGCAUAAGGAGAGUGAGACUCAUGCGGUCCAAAUUGCACUCAUGGCUCUGAAAAUGAUGGAGCUGUCAGACGAAGUCAUGACGCCAACAGGAGAACCGAUACAGAUGCGAAUUGGGCUCCACAGUGGGUCGGUGUUGGCAGGUGUCGUUGGAGUGAAAAUGCCCCGUUACUGCCUUUUUGGGAACAAUGUUACAUUGGCAAACAAGUUUGAAUCGUGCAGCCAGGCGAGGAAAAUCAACGUCAGCCCUACAACCCACAGAUUGCUGAGAGGUCGCCCAGAGUUUGUCUUUGUUCCCAGGAGCAGACAGGAGCUUCCGGCCAACUUCCCAGAAGAUGUCCCUGGUGUUUGUUACUUUCUGGAGGCAGCCUUCAAAGCUUCAAAACUGACGACCAAAUGAAGCCAAGCUUCAGCAAGCCCAAAAAUGUUAGCUAAAAAAGAAGCUUGACAGAAGAAUACAGAUGUAUUGUUUAAUUCGAUUGGAGUCUUUCAUGGAUUCUUUAAGUGAAGCUAUCACAGCAGCUGUUUAAACAUGGAAAUGUCAGUUUACUGUCAACUCUGUCGUCUCUGUACUAUUAUCUAUUUGUGCAGUUGUAGUGCAGAUAAAUCUCUUUCAUCUUUCUUCCACAAUGAGUCAUCUCUGCAUUUUGGGAUCUUUGGAAGAAGUGCUUUCAUAUUGUGCUCACAUUUGAGAUGUUAACAGUCAAGGCAACAAUUUGAGAUUGUUUUGUUCUUUUUAAAGAAGUAAAAAUGGGUAAAUAUGGCCAGUAAAAUACAGAAAUAAAUAAAAAAGCACAGGAUGUUUUAAGCAUCUUGCUCAGUAGGAUUGUUAUAGUCACAUGCUUUUAUCAUAUGAUGUAGUUAUAUUUGUUACAAGAAUACCUAGACGUUUAUGUAAGAAAAAUACAUCAUAGAUGUAACAGACUUUAAUUUGAGGUUGCAAACCUAAUUUGUUUAUGUAGCACAUUUAAAAAAAAUUUGCUUUACAAUCACAUAAAUUAAUAGUGCGUUUCGUCUGCACUCAAAAGUCAGAAUUUUCAAGUUCCCCUUCUGAAAUUACAAAUCAAAAUUAGAAAUUUGGGGGGCGGGGCUAUACUAGCCAAUAUGGCUGUCGCAUCCAUAAAACAGAGUAAUAACUGCAAAAAUAAUCGUACAUUUUCCUUUUUGACAGUUAUCAUAUUAAACUCUCACAAACAGUUCUGUACAAUUUCUAUUUAUGAACAUUUUCCUUUGGUGACUGAAAUAAAUGGAAUGUAUUAAAUUGCUAAUCAAAGCUAGGUACACCACAAAUAAUAA